AUGGAGUGGCAAGCAAGAUGGGCUGGAGGACUGAAAUACGAAGUUUCUCAUAAGAGCUGGAUGAUUGUUGAGAGGUUUGUGGUUGACUUGUUGGCUGAAACGUGUAGCUGCAGAUUUUGGGGGUUAUGUGGAAUGCCCUACCCGCAUGCUUGUUAUACUAUAUUCGAGAAAGGGGACAAUCCAGAAGAUUAUUGCAGCAACUUCUAUAGCCCAGCAGCCUAUGUUGCAACUUAUGGUAACUUAGUUUCUCCAAUUAAUGAAGAAAAUAUGUGGCCGAAGGUUGAGUGUGACACCAUCAUACCUCCCAUCUUUAGGGUGAAACCAGGAAGACCACGGAUGGUGAGGAUCAGAGAACCUGAUGAGAACCGUUCUCAGACAAAGCUAAGGAGGACGGGUUCAUCUGUUACAUGUAGCAACUGCGGCCAAUAUGGACAUAAUAGAAGGCAUUGUCCCAAUCCAAUAGUGUCAGAACCUGGUCUUGCUGCUGCCGCCAACGGAGAAGAUCCGAAUGCUGCUGACACUGUGCCUACUGCUGCGCCUGCUCCUGCUGCUGCUGCUGAUCCUGCAGCUGCUGUUGACACUGAUCCUGCUGCCGACAACAGAUCCGUCAUCAAAUGUUGCUUGGUUAUCAUCGGUCGUUUGUUGCUUGGUUUUGGUGUCGGAUUUUGCAAUCAGUCUGUUCCAUUGUAUUUAUCUGAAAUGGCGCCUCCGAAGAUUCGAGGCGCGCUUAACAUUGGAUUUCAAUUGAUGAUCACAAUCGAAAUCUUGAUCGCGAAUCUCAUCAACUACAAGCUUGCCAAGAUUAAGAAUGGAUGGAGAUUUUCCUUGGGAAUAGGGGCAGUUCCGGCAAUUAUUUUGUGUUUGGGAGCAAUUUUCUUAGAUGACACGCCAAACUCCAUGAUCGAAAGAGGUAAACAAGAGAAAGCUAGAAAAAUGUUGCAACGAAUUCGCGGCAUUGAUGAUGUGGAUGAGGAGUUUCAAGAACUUGUGAAUGCAAGUGAGGAAGCGAAAAAAGUGGAUAAUGCAUGGAAGAAUAUUAUAGAAGCAAAAUAUAGGCCUCAACUUGUUUUUUGUUCGUUGAUUCCAUUCUUUCAACAAUUCACUGGGAUCAAUGUGAUUAUGUUCUAUGCGCCCGUUCUUUUCCAAACUUUAGGGUUUGGGAGUAAUGCUUCUCUUAUGUCUGCUGUCAUCACCGGUGGAGUCAAUGUUGUUGCCACCAUUAUUUCUAUAUUUUCUGUUGAUAAAUUUGGAAGAAGGAUUUUGUUUCUUGAAGGUGGCAUUCAAAUGUUACUUUGCCAGAUUGCGGUUGGAGCUAUGAUCGCUAAGGAGUUUGGGGUGAGUGGUGUAGGUUCAUUUAACAAAGGAGAAGUGAACCUUCUUUUGUUCUUUAUAUGUGCAUACGUGGCAUCAUUUGCAUGGUCAUGGGGCCCACUUGGAUGGUUGGUUCCCAGUGAAAUAUGCUCUCUUGAAAUAAGAUCCGCAGGACAAGCCAUCAAUGUUUCGGUUAACAUGCUCUUCACUUUUAUCAUAGGCCAAGUUUUUCUCAUGAUGCUUUGUCACUUGAAAUUCGGUCUUUUCUUCUUUUUUGGCGGUUUUGUAGUUAUCAUGACUAUUUUUAUUGCAUUCUUCCUUCCUGAGACAAAGAAUGUCCCAAUUGAAGAAAUGAAUAGUGUGUGGCGAUCACAUUGGUUUUGGGCCAGAUUCAUUCCUCAAGACAUGGUUAAUAGCCAUGCUCAUCUUCAGGAUCUUUAGUUUAAUUUCUUUCAUUUAAUUAGAUUAGUUUUUAUGUAUUAUCUUAUGUUGCUACAAAUAAUAUAUAUCAUUUAGUACA